AGGCGGGUGACGAGCCUUGUGGGGGUGAUGUUUUUUGGGGAUCGGGGUCAGGGCUGGGGCAGGCAGGCAAGACGCCUGACUUUCGGACUCGGAGAAUCCCUAGUAGGAGGCUCCAGCGUGGGUUACGCUUCGCCAUUCCCCGGCUUUCUCUGCCCUCCUUGGGUCACGUGCGCAGCAGUAGUACUCGCUAAAACUGGCCAAGCUCUCACAGUGCGUCAGGCUGCGCUUCUCCGAGCUGUGCCUAGGUUUCCGGGAAAAACUGCGUGGGGACGGCCUCUCCAUGGGCUGUGGUGCUGCAGUGGGCAGGAGGAUCCUAAGAGGUGGCUGGGAAGCAGCACGUCACCCACCUCAAAGGAGAAAUUACCAGACGCAGAGACUGAGAAAUUCCGGAUGUUUUACCGUUUUGAUGCCAUCAAAUCCUUCGGGUACCUGUCUCGACUGAAGUUGGCACAGACUGCCCUGACAGUGAUAGCUUUGCCACCAGGCUAUUACUGGUACUCCCAGGGCCUCCUGACUCUCAAGUCCCUUUGCAUCAUGAAUGGGGUGUCAUGCUUUGCUCUGGCCAUGCUCUGCUGGAUGAGCUAUUUCCUUCGGAGACUGGUUGGCAUUCUGUAUCUCAACGAGUCUGGCACCAUACUGCGGGUGGCCCACCUGAACUUCUGGGGCUGGCGGCAGGACACAUACUGUCCUGUGGAAGAUGUGAUACCCCUGACGGAAACCAAGGACGGUCCUGAGGAGCUGUUCAUGCGUAUCCAGCAAUACAGUGGGAAACAGACCUUCUACUUCACCCUGCGCCAUGGUCGCAUCCUGGACAAAGAGUGUUUCAUACAGGUGUUUGGGGCGCUGCAGACAUUAAAGUGAACAACUGGGAGCUGGACCUCUGGGUAACCCUGGGUUGCCUGGAUUGACAGGAAGGCCGAGGGUGUGCGCAAGGUUGAAGAAAGGGGAUUGAGUACUUGGAGACUUUGCCUGGACACCUGGGAACAUGUGUUUUGUGAUGUAGAAAUUUACAAGGUGAGAUUUGGUGUCCAGGUUUAGGAAAAAGGCUCUAAAUGCAAGUUCUUUUUUUUUUUCUUUUCA